UGCCGCGUGUUGUUGUAGCAGACUUCACCGCCGCUUUCCACUUUUAUCCCCGUUAAACUAAUCCGCAAGAGAUUUUAUUGAACAGCAAGGGGAGUUGGGAAGGAAUGAACUGCCUUUCAACGGCAAUCCAACUACGAUUGUAGGUAAAAUCAUUUAGAACAGUCGCGAAUGCACUGUAAACGGUCCAAAGACGUGGUGAAUUACUACAUGGGAACAAAUAAAAAAGGACGGAGCGCAGAUUUUCCAGCAGAGAUCAACGGCGCUGGAAUAUAAACAUGGAUUGACGGGCAGCAGCGAUGGCUUUGAAGAAUUAAGGCCGAAUUGCUUCUCAUUUGUUUUCCUUUGUGCACGACGAAUGGUUUUAAAUCUGCGUUUAUGUUAUUGCUUUUGAGACGUGACGUGCCAUUGUCCGAUCAUUUUGGGGAGGAAGUUGUCAGGAUGGCUCCUGGUUCACUAUCCACAAUGGCUCCUACUGGGCCCAACAUCUCCUGGUUACCAGAAGCUCCUCUGCUCACUCCAGAGCAGCCCAUUUUCCUCAUGACAACCACAGCCCAGGCAGUGUCAGGCUUCUUUGUGUGGACAGCACUUCUACUCACCUGCCACCAGAUCUACAUGCAUUUGCGUUACUACAGCUCUCCCAAGGAGCAGAGGCACAUAGUGCGCAUCCUUUUCAUCGUACCCAUCUACGCCUUUGACUCCUGGCUCAGCCUUGAACACAAUAAGUACAUUGAUACUGUUAAAAAUCUAUGUCAUUUUUCAUUUGUGAUUUAUAACUUCUUGAGCCUGUGUUAUGAAUACCUUGGAGGAGAGAGCGCUAUCAUGGCUGAGAUCAGAGGAAAACCCAUUGAGUCCAGCUGUAUAUAUGGAACAUGUUGUCUUUGGGGCAAGACCUACUCCAUUGGCUUCCUUCGAUUUUGCAAACAGGCCACUUUACAGUUCUGUGUGGUAAAACCCCUGAUGGCCAUGAUUACAGUCAUCCUGCAGGCCUUUGGGAAAUACCGUGAUGGGGACUUCAAUGUCGCUAGUGGUUACCUGUAUGUGACCAUCGUCUACAAUAUCUCCGUCAGCCUGUCUCUCUACGCCCUUUUCUUGUUCUACUUCGCCACCCGAGACCUCCUCAGCCCCUACAGGCCCAUGCUCAAGUUCUUCAUGGUCAAAUCAGUCAUCUUCCUCUCCUUCUGGCAAGGCAUGCUGCUGGCCAUCUUGGAGAAAUGUGGUACGAUUCCUCAGAUCAGCUCUCCUGAGGUUUCUGUCGGCGAGGGAACCGUUGCAGCUGGAUACCAGAACUUCAUCAUUUGCAUCGAGAUGUUCUUUGCCGCCUUGGCCCUGCGACAUGCGUUUACCUACAAGGUCUACAUGGACAAAAGACUGGAUUCCCUUGGUCGCUGUGCCCCCAUGAAGAGCAUCUCCAGCAGCUUAAAGGAGACCAUGAACCCUGGAGACAUGGUUCAGGAUGCCAUCCACAAUUUCUCCCCAGCCUACCAACAGUACAUCCAGCAGUCCACCCUGGAGCAGGGGGUCACCGCACCGCCCAUAUCCCGCAAUCACAGCUGCGUGAGCGCCCGGGACAAUGAGAAAACCCUGCUGCUUAGCUCCGAUGAUGAGUUUUAACUCGCUCGCCUGUAGUCCUGAGCAAAGGUACUCCGUAAGGGACCGUUUACUGCUGCGGUAGUGUAAUGAUGAGGUUAACAUAGGAACAGGUUAUUAAAGGACCAUCUUAAGCAAGUAGUUACGUUCUAGUGCAGUAGAAUCUAAAAUUAAGCUGCUUAUACUUGCUUAGUUGUCUUUAAAAGAAAUCUUAAUGCGCUUUUGUCUGAUGUUGAUGUUUAUACAGAGAACUAAAUAAUACAUUCAUUUAUACUUUUAGCCAAAUUUUGAAAACCCACGUGGUCUGACACUUCAGCGUUUGGAUUGAUGUAUUUUUUUAUGCUUGUAGUUUCACAUCGGGGGUGUUUGGACAUCCCAGCAUAUUUCUAAAGAGCAGUGUAUUGGAAGGCCCCCCGUUCGGUGGGAAUGUUCCAUUUUUGAUUUACAAGUUCAAGUGCACCUUUGCUUCUGUUUCAACAGUGUUUAUAGCUUCCCCAGUGAUUUAAAGGGCGGGUACGCCUACAGUACAGUAGAGAGAGUACCAGCUGUUAUUGUUUUGACGGAUGAAUCAAGGGACGGGGAGAGGUUGAUGGUCCACGAUUAGAUUACAGAUUAAGGCGGUCUGGAUUAUAAGGCUGUAAUUGGAACAUUAGUCGCCUGGUGCAGAUUUGCACCAGCUUUCAUAAAAGUGUGACCGUCCUGGACCACUGCAGGAAAAAGAUUCUAUCUAGGUUGGCCGAGCGGUUUAAAAAAUAGAUGUAGGUUACGCUUCUUAGUGUAUGCUAUACUUUCACUGAGAAAGAACAGUCAAGUACCAUCAGUUUAUCCGUAUUCUGUUGUCUGAUGGAAAUGCGAAAUUUAUAUCAUUUGAAAAUUUAAAGGGACAGUUCACCCAAAAAUGACAAUUCUGUCAUCAUUUAUUCACCUUCAUGUCAUUCUAAAACUUUUGUUUCUUCUGCUAAACGCAGACACACAAAGGAAAGUUAACAUCACCAUUGAACUUUUCAUAUUAUGGACAAAAAGAAACACAAAAGGCAUACUUCAGAAUACCUUCUUUUGUUUUCUACUUAAAGUAAAUCAUACAGGUUUGAACAAACAUGAGGGUGAGUAAAUGACACAAUUUUCAGUUUUGGUGAGCUAUCCUUUUAUUGGGUGCUGUAUUGUUUCUAGAUAUCCCACUAGAGGGAGGCAUAUCUCAGUUCGCACCCUUUAUCUUUAUGGGACAUAAAGUUAUCACCGAUCCUUUGAGAGCCACACCAAAGUCUCUCCCAUUCUUCAGAAGCAUCUGCCAUUUGCGCUUUACCUCUUUAGAUAGCACUAGGCCCUUGAUGACCAAGCUUGAAGCUUGCGGUUGGUUAGAUAGCAUCUUUGGAGUUACUUAUUAACUGUCCUAUGCUUUUAUUGGUACAAUAGAGGCCAGUAUAAACACAAAGCAGCUGGAACCAAGUACGAGUAUGUAUGGUACCUGCUUAUAGUUGUUAUGUUAGUGUUUUUGCAGUGUAUUCUUUAUAAGGGGAGGAUUUCUUUUAAUAAUAUAGACGUUGUUGUAACUUGCACUAAGCAGUUUUGUAUAUAUAGGAUAAAUCCGAAUAUUCUAGAACAUUUUGGCAAGCUAUUUCUGUACGUUGUUAUUCAGAGAGUGGUUUAAAGUAACAUAGGAAGUGCUGUUACGUUUAAAAAAAAAUAUAUAUAUAUAUAUUUUGUGGAAACAUUUUGAAGUUACACUAAGACGUUCUUUGUACUGUCAUGUUAUUUUAAACAGAGCAUUAUGUAUUACUAUGUCAAAGAUUUAAGCUUCUAUUUUUUCCCUUGAUGCU